UUGACUGGGGCAUGCCUUUACCCCUUGAUGGACAGUACUUCCCUAUGAGACAAGGUUGCCACAGGUUCAAGAGGCCACAAAGGCAGAUGUCUGUCAGAGCCAGGUGGAGAUGCAGGGAGCCAGAGGUUCUCUACCCAGCCUCACCUGAACUCACAAGUGUCACCUGGCUCUUGGUCAAAGAAAAGUUCAGAUUCCCACAUACCACGUGAAGUGGCCUUACUUGGAAAUGGUGGCAACACAGUAAAAAAGAAAAAAAAAAUUAGGAUGGAACCUGGGCAAGGUCCCUACAGGUGUGCAUGUUUUGGGUGUGUUCAAACCCCCUAUUUUGUGAAACGGAAUAAAGGAAACCUCAUUUACAAUAAAGAUGGGAGGCCACAAGAGAGAACUCACACCUCCUACUUGCAGCCCCUGGUAUCCCCACCAGGAUGAGCCCUACCUUGCAUUCCCAAGGGAAAGAAGACUAUAUGCCGCCAGCCGGGGAAAGGUAUCUUUAUACCUCCCAAGCCCCAUGCUCCGUCCAGCCAGGGAGCUGUCACAACUCAGCCACUGAAAAGCGACUACACUCUUAAGUCCCAUAUUCCAGUGGAUUUUUGUGUAUAACAGUAUCUCCCAACUCCUUCCUUUCUUGUGUUAAAAAACGUUUCUCUUCUUUGUUGGUUGGCCUUGCCUGUGGUUUUGCCUUAGGCUGCAUGUCCCAAAUUGCAGUUCUCUGCCAUCCUCGAAUAAACCCAUUUUUACUGAUAAAAUAACUGGCUAUUUUAUUUUCAAGGUUAACAAUCUAAAUAUGGGUUAGGAAGCAGAGGACUGCACCACCCCGGAGCUCAGGGAGCCAGAAUGCCCCUGGCCAGUGUGUCGGGAGCCGACAGAGGCCAGGACCCAGGCAUCCAGGCCGCGGCUCAGGUCGAUCUCCUUGGGGGAGGGUCACACACCUCAUGCUCCCCUCCCCGCUCCCCACCUCCCGGUCUGGCCUUAGGACUUCCGGAAAUCAGCGCCGGCAGAGGCGGCGUGUAGACUAUGAAGCCAAUCCGGGGACGCUGCUGCCUGUCCAGCCAAUAGGGAGCCAGGUGUCCCUGGCGCCCCGCCCCUGCUGCCUAGUCCUCGACCCUGGGGAACACUGACCCGAACUUUGUGCAUUCUUUCUCUGCUACCCUGCGCCUCCGGUUCUUUCCCGCAGACAUGCCAUUUGUCGAGUUAGACACGAACUUGUCCGCCGGCCGUGUGCCCACGGGAUUGGAGAAGCGGCUCUGCGCGGCCACGGCAGACAUCCUGAGCAAACCUGAGGACCGCGUGAACGUAACGGUGCGACCAGGUCUGGCCAUGGCGGUGAACGGCUCCACCGAGCCCUGCGCUCAACUGCUCAUCUCCUCCAUCGGUGUGGUAGGCACAGCUGAGGACAACCGCGGCCACAGCGCCCGGUUCUUCGAAUUCCUCACCAAGGAGCUGAACCUGGGCCAGGAUCGGAUAAUUAUCCGCUUCUUUCCCGUGGAGCCCUGGCAGAUUGGCAAGAAAGGGACAGUCAUGACUUUCCUGUGAUGGGCACAGAGGGCAUCCAAAGCAUGCAUCUGCCAGCUCUCUGCCAGAGAGGCUUCCUGGCAGAGUAAGGGCCUGGUGGAUACCAGCUUCUGGCACUUCUUCAUGCAGAUGUGCCUGUGACCUCACAGUCCUCUUCCCCAUCCUCGUGUCAAAUAAACAAAGAGAACUUCGUCUUUC